GUGUAUUUACAUUUAAUAAAACCCAAUUUUACUUUUUUAUUUUAUAACGAACUUUUUGCCGAAAGAACGUUACCGACCCGGUGCCCGGGCUUAAUAAUUAUGUACGGCAUUACGUUAUUAAAAUUAAACCCAAACGUUAGUAAUUUAUUACGCAACCGCUUAAAGGACGACGAUAACAAAUUCGAUCCCGCAAAUAUACGCAUGUUUAGCGCUCCCAAUUUUAUGCUAUUUUGCAAAUAA